AUGGGUCGUUCGGUCCGCCAAAAACGCAAGGCGCGGUCCUCGCGGCCCGUCGUCAAGCAGUCCAACAACCGCCGGCGCCCGGUGAACCCCACGGGCAACGCCAUCAUUGCUGAGAACUGGGACAAGGAACAGACUCUGUCGCAAAACUACCGCCGGCUUGGCCUCAUGAAUCGCCUCAAGGUCCCAACUGGUGGUAUCGAGCGUCUGGGCACCGACGCCGUCAAGGAGCGCGCCGCUGCCAACUCCAAAACCGACGCCCGCAUCGAGCACUACAUCGACCCCUUUAACAAGACGGCCAAUGAGAUUCUGGGCGACAAGCGCAAAGCGCCUGCCAAUGCCUCAUCCUCCGCUGUUUCUUCGUCUUCGAACACCAUCCGCGAAGUCCGUGUCGAGCGCGACGCCCGUGGCCGCAUCGUGCGUGUCCUCGGCGACGCCGCACCCGCCCACAACCCCCUGAACGACCUGCUGAACGACCUCGAGGACGACGAGGAAGCCGACGCGGCCGAGGCUGCCGAGGCCGCCGCCACGACAUACGAGGAGUGGGGCGGCAUCGAAGAUGCGCCGAAGAAGGGAAAGAAGGGCAAGACGGGCGAUACGACAGGGAAGCCUGCGACGCCCGUCGUGGCCGCCCUCGAGCACCUUGCCAACCGGCCCGUCGGCCCCAAGCACGUCCGCCACCAGAGCCAGGCCGAGCGCGCCUGGCUCCAGACCCUCGUUGACCACUACGGCGAGACUGAUCCCAGCGACUCGACCCUGGCCGCCAUGGCCUUUGACCGCCGGCGCAAUCCUUUCCAGCGGACCGCCAACGACAUUCGGCGGCGGCUGGCUACCUUCCGGGCCGAGGGCGGUGCUGUGGGUGUGAAGGUAUAG